AUGCCACCUCCGCCUGGCUGUCCUGAAACCCUUAGGAUACCAGAGACAGGCCUUGCUCCCCCUUCCUCGUAUGCACCCGUCAAGCCGCCAACCCCCCCGUUUCCCACCUGCUUCUCGCAGCAGGCCAAGAACAUCGAGGUCCAGCUCCCACCCCUGGUUGCAGGGGCUCUAGUUGCCGCUUUUGCCAAGGCUCUGGCCGACGGCUUGAAUAAUGAGCUGCUAGCCCACUACUAUUUCCCAGAUCGGAGAGUUCGGGUCAACCUUGAUCGAGUGCUGGACCGGCUCAUAUCGGUAUUCGUCAGGCAGUUGUGGGACGAGCUUUUCCGAUUCUACAGCAACUCCGACCACGGCUCCGGCACUCAGAUUUCUCGUCAAGUUACUCUGCUGUUCGAAGGCCCAGUCCGUCAACUCGUGCUUAUCCUAAACAGUCCCGAGACGGCCAAAUGCAUCCUCGAUAAGCUUGGCCCGGGAUUAUCGAGAAGGUCCCUGACAUGGUCGACCAACACCAAGGGCAUCGACUUCCCUCUGGCUCUGCAGCUGUUGUGCGGCUUCUGGCACCGCGAGUUCCCCGAUCAGUCGCCGGGAGGAUCCCCGGAUCAAAUCGCCCGCGCCCUCCAUACGCUUAUAACAACCGGGGAUGCAGCCAGAGGGCUCAUCGAUGAGAUGAAAAGGCUGCUGCUGUCUCCACAUUAUGUCCAGAUCCACUUUGCCGAGUCGGCCAUCUGGGAUAUUGUGUUGAGAAGGCCCGGCCCUCCUCCGCCUGACGGCUUUCACAUUGUCCAGUUCAAGUUCGAGUGUCAGUUGUUCAAUCCGUUAGGUGGCUUUGGCGAUCUUUCAAAUAUCCGUCUCGCAUCUCUACCUGUGGUGACAGGUACGGCCACUGAGCAUGCCUGCACAACCGUGUCCGAGUACAUUGACAAGCAGUGGCCGAAAUGCGGAUCCGUCGUGUUGAGCUGUGUGGAGGAAGCACUCACGAGCGCAGCGUCUUCGCUCCUCCAAGGAGAUGCAUUCUCAGGCAUGUCUCUCUGGGACGGCAGCGAUGGCAAGGGCGUGCUCUGCCCUGGCCUGAGAUUUGUUCACAUAGAGACGGAGGGCUCAUGGAUCAGGAUGAGCCUGAGUGCCAAGAUUCAUACCCUCACCGAAGUUUUUCAACAAAUGUCUUGGUUUUGUGCCGCUUUGAGUUCUUCACCCUUUCCUGGAUUGGUGGCGGAGAGCAUGACGGAGGUGUCGAAUUGGGUCUACUUGGAUGGAAAUGUCUACGUCGACUGUAGUCUGAAUCAUAGUCCCAUUCCCGGGGGCGAUGCCUUACCGUGGUUGCAGCACCUGCCGCGUACUGCGAUUGCGAGCGGCUUCCCAUUGCAUCGAGAAUCGGUAGAGGCGUAG